AUGCUUAAUCUACCUUUUGAUAAAUGGACUUUAAAUUUUCAUGAUCCAGAAUUUGAAUCUUAGUAUGAGGAUCAUUUAAAUAAAAUUAGAUUGUUAUCCUUUCGCAUUCUAAACCUCACUAUAAGUAUAGCUGCAUUAAUAUGCCUAAUAACUUUUGUUAUUCAAUAACAAACUUUAUUGUUAUCUAUAAUGAUGACUUUAACAUUGAUGGGAAGUGUCUUCUCAUUAAUAAUAAGUAAAAAGAUCUUACCAUACUUAAAAUCCAUAUUUUCAUUUUAUUAUGUUUGGGCAAUAACUACUAACAUACUUAUCGCUUUUGCUGGCUUCUCAAUGUAAGUCACUUCUAUAAUUUAGACCUAAUUUCAUAUUUGGCUUCAACACUUGUUCUUUAGCUAUUGUUACAAUGUAAUACAGUGAUAAUAAGCUUAAAAUUGCAUAUACAAUUAUUACUCCCUUUGUAUUAAUGGGUAUAUUUGAUGUUUACAGAAUUGAUACUCUAGCUUUUGUCUUUUUGACUAUCUCAUGUGUAAUUUUUAUAGGAAUUUGGGGAUAUAUGAAUGAAUAUACAUCAAGACUUGCUUUUUCUCUUAACCUAAUUUCGAUAAAGCAAAAGUAUUUAUUUAUUGUAAUUUAGAGAUUUGAUUAAUGAAUUUGUUAAUGAUGCUAUGUUUGCUAUUAGCUAUGACAAAAGAAGUCGGCAGUUUGUUCUAGAAUUUCAGAAUAAUAGAUUUGUAGAAUUAAUGAAUAUUAAGGAAACAGAAUAGAUAAAAACAUUUUUAAGAUAGACAUUUAUUCUAGUAAAAUAGAGUGAUAAUUAAAAUAAAUAAAGAGAUAAGAAUUCAACAAAAGUAUUGAAUUUGGAAGAAUAUUUAUUUCAAAGGAUUCAGAAUUUUGAAAAAUCUUUAAAUUACAAAGAACAAAAAGAUGGGUUAUUAGAUAUAUAUUAACAUGAUUUAAUCAAUAAUGAUACAAAGAAAAUGUGUUUACAUAUUAGAUUUCUUAAUUUUGGUAAACCAAUAAUAAUUGCUAUUAUAAAAUCAGAGUAAGUUCCUAAUUUGAUUCAUAAAUAUGAAAGUUAAAUUAAAGAAUAUCAAAAGGUUAUAAUAAAUAUGUCUAAUCAUAUUAUAAAAAAAUAAUCUAAUCUUUAUGAAGAAAUUAAGAAAAUAAAAUUUGAAAAUUAAAAAGAAUAAUAAUAAUUAGUUUAAUUAUAAUGUCUCAAUUUAUCUAUUAUGAAUUACAUUAGAAAUUAUAUUUUAUUUUUUUAGAAAAAUAAAAUUACUGAGAUGAAGUUCAGUCUUUAAAAUUGCAAAUUUAAUAAUUAUAUAACAAUUAUUAAUUAAUAUUUUCAAGCAUUAUCUGCUCAUUAUUCAAUUAAAUUUACACUCCAAAAUUAUGUAAAUCAAAAUUCUUCUAUUAAUAUUAAUAUUAAAUAUCUCACUUAAAUAUUAAUUAAUAUAUUUGAUGAAUUGAUUAAGAAAAAUAUUAAAAAUAAUCUAAUUAAUCUUAGAAUAGCUGAAGAAUUUUAAUAAAAUCAUAAUGAAAAUAAAUAAUCUACUUAUGAAAAUAACAAAUAAAAUGAAGAGUCUCUAACAUAAUUUAAAUUAGUUUAAUUCACAUUCUUCUUUUCAAGUGAUGAGCCACUUAAUUUAUAUAAUCUCAAUUAAAAUAAAAGAUUUAAUAAUAAUGAUUAAAAUAAUACAUUCGAAGAUGCUUAAAUUAUAACUGAAAUUACUUAAUUGCUUUUAGAUAACAUAGGUCCACAUAAUAAUAUAUCUAUUAAUCAAUGUCAAAUUCCAUAAAUGUCAUAAUUUUAGAAUAGUAUUUAAUUCUUAAUAUAUUCUGACUCAUCAUCAUUAGAGCCAUCUUAUUAUAAAGUUAGAGAACAAAUUUUAUUUGCUUGA